ACAGCUUUCUAAAUGUGUUCAUAGCGGGGGAUAAGGAGUGUCAUUUCAGACUUAAGAGGAUUUAACAAACAGUAACAAAGCGUUGCUUCGGUUCCUGCCGACAGUCGACUGCACACACAGAUUACCUGGAGCAGGGCAGCACAGCACAGCACAGGACAGGAUGUUCACUCGAGACAAUGAUCCCUCGGGUCUCUUCUUCGGGACAGCGGCGGGCUGCAGAGUAGCGAGAUAGCUAGAUGUUAUACAUUUGUGAAAACGAGCCAUGAAGACGGCAGCAGUAACCAGCCCGGUCUGUAACUCGGACUGGAUGGGGUCCCUGUCACCGGCUUUAUCAUCCAUGCCGCUCAAGCACUUGGCUGUGCCAGGAUCUCACGACUCCUUCAGCUUCUGGGUUGAUGAGAAAGCUCCGGUGGGACCCGACCAGGCUCCUGUGGUCAAGCGGCUCGCCGGGUUCUUCCGCUCGCUGGGGAAGAAGGUGAUGAAGAAGUGGUCCAUGACCCAGAACCUGACCUUCAGGGAGCAGCUAGAGGCGGGGAUCCGCUACUUCGACCUGCGCGUCUCCUCCAAGCCCGGCGAGCGUGGCCACGAGAUUUAUUUCAUCCACGGCUUGUUCGGCCACAAAGUGCGGGAUGGACUGAUGGAAAUCGACAGCUUCCUCAGCGCUCACUCCAAGGAGGUGAUCUUUUUGGAUUUUAACCACCAUUACGCCAUGGGCGAAGCGCACCACUCGUACCUGCUCUCCAUGCUGCAGGAGGUCUUUGGACGCAAGCUCUGCAGAAGGGACUGUGAGGAGGAGAUCACUCUGGAGUAUUUGUGGCAGAAGAAGUACCAGGUUAUUGUGUUUUAUCAUCACAGCUCAGCAGAAAGCUGCCCCCUCAUGUGGCCCGGUACCAAGAUCCCCGCCCCGUGGGCGAACACCACGGACGCGUGCAAACUCAUCCAGUUCCUGGAGACCACCCUCGGGGAGCGGGCGCGCUGCGGGACCUUCCACGUGUCUCAGGCCAUCCUGACCCCCCGGGUGAAGACCAUCGUGAGAGGACUGAUCAAGGGCCUGAGGAACUACCUGGUGGAAAGGAAUCUCCCUACGAUUAUGACCUGGGUGAAAGCGCAGAAGCCUGGAGUGAACGGGGUCAACAUCAUCACUUCAGACUUUGUGGAACUGGUGGAUUUUGCAACCACUGUAAUCAAGCUGAACAACCUGCUGCUUCCCGACAAGGCCAUUACAUGAAGUGAGCUUCAACUCGCCCCUCAUUGUUAGGAACGCAGCAGGAGACGCUACUAGCUGGAAGAUAGUGUUGAGAUCGCCCCGUAUUCUUUUUCUGUUAUAAUGAAAUUGAAAGACUCAAAUAUGCCAAAAAAAGGUGACCACUGACAAGGUGGUUUAUGCCUUGGCCAGCACUCCUUUAGGACUGAAUUGUGAUGGUCUGCUGCAGAAUCAUUGCUCAGGUGAUACUGUAUACAGUAACAGAGCAACCCCUAACAUCAGAUGAGUGAAGGUCCAUCUUCAUGCACCAGCAGUAAGGACACAUCUGCGGUCUUAGUUCUGAAUUGGGUUCUGCAGUGUCCACAGAAAGAGUUUGGUGUGCAAGGGUUAAAAUACAAGCCAGCCUUUCUGCGAGGCUUCGCAUUUAGGGAUGGAAAGUACAGCAAAGGCUACUGCAAUGCGUAUUGCGUUAGUUGCUUGUUUGUUUAUUAAUUGAUUUGUAUUCUAGUUGACGCUGUUCUUUAAUAAAGAAUAGCGGAGCAUGAUUGUCGAAAUGAUCUGUAAGAUAUGACGUUACACCCUGCCAAUGGGUCCAAGUUGUAAUAUAUAUAUAUAUAUAUAUAUGUUUGUGAUAAUAGAUGAGUUAAGGUUUUGACUCCAUCUAGGUAUUGACUCCACUGAGUAUACUAUUGUAAUUUAAUGAUGGAAUUGAACAGCUGUUCAUAUCAUACUUAGUGCUGCAGUCAUACUGUCCUCCAGUUUCACAUUUCAAAUGGUUGAAAACAGUGUUGAAAUGUAUUUGUGUGGGAUACUUGAGCCCCUACAGGGGUGGUAAUGGUGUUCUCAUUGCAAGGCAGGUACAGGAGGAGGAGCCCCUACAGAGUUUGGUGAGAGCGGCAGCAUGUCUCAGAUGAUUUAGAAAAGCAGAUUCCAAGCACAGCGGUCUGAGCUCAAAGUAAAGCCUGGAAUAGCCCUGCCUGCUAUGCAACAGGGAGGCGUUUUAGUCUGUCAAAGAGGACUGUUUGCAUGCGCAACAAUCUUUACCCACGCCUGAAUCCAAAAAGAGUGGUUUCAAGAAGAAAUCUGUUUUCUGCCCAGAUACUUUGUGGCAGGCGUUGAUUUUAACUUGGCAGGGAGGGUUGGAGAGAAUCUGCUGCUGUUUUAAAAAUACUGCAUGUAUAUAUAAGAUAUGCACACAGCGAAUGCAUUGGAUAGCACUGCUGCUACUGCAAACAAUCAAAUGCAUGAUAGCAUCAACUCUGUCUGGCAGGAGGAGACUGGGUGGAAGGGUCUUCUUUUUGAGGAAUGAGGCUCAUCUUUUUAAUUGCUAUGCACUUAUAAUCUAAACGUGUCCUAAAUGGGGAUCAAUGCAGGGGCCACCCAGUCAGCCUCAGUUGGACUUAGACUUGAUGCAGAGUAACACGUUAUAACACUCAGUACAUUGUUAUUAUGCAGUAAGUAAUUACACACAUGUAGUUAUACAGUUACUACAACGUUACCAACUUUCAAGAAACUUUCACUUAACUGUUCUACUGUAAGAAACUAAGUCAAGUAGACAAGCUAGUACAGUGGAAGGGCACUGUUGGAAACUUUCCUAUUUGAAUUUGUGUUAUAGUUUUACCCUUGAAUUCCAAUUGAGCAUUUUAAAGUUAUGGAUAAUUAAAUAGCAACUACAAUCUUACUAGAUAGUUUGUGUAAUUGUAGUGCAAUUUGUAUCACUUUUACUAAAACGUUGCAGAGCAUGCCUCUAUAGACUGUAUAAGGGUUAAAAGGCAAGCUGAGGCUGUGAGUCAUUUAUAUCUAAAGAUGGGCAGCUGGCAUUGCACCUACAAUACUGUAAUCUAUGCCUUGUAAAGAUAAAUAUGUCAUUUUAGAUGUAUUACAUGUAUCUAUAAACUAAACAAAGAGAAGGGAAAUCCAUCAGUAAGCUAUUGAACAGUGAGUGUAUCUGUACUGUAGGGCAGCUGAUUGAGGUUGAGAAUGAAAAGGACUCAGAAUUAGUUCCGUCAAGAUCACAAGGUAAUUAUCUCAGGGUCUCAACGCUUCAGACCGUUGUUUUAGGAGACAUUUUGAAAGACAACAGUACUUUUAAUAGUUUAUAAAUAGCUUAUUAUAGAAGAACUGGCAGUUAACUAGUUGUUAACCGUUAAUAACCAAAAACAACAACAAAAAAUGUUAAAUUAAAGCACAACCAAACUCUCGAGAUAAUUCUCAGGAUUGCAAUGUAAGAAUUUGUUUCGUUUUAUAUAUUUUUUCCAUGAUUUUGUUUUAAGGAGAAAACUACUCAGACACUAAACAGAAUUUCUAAUAGGUUCAGGGUGGCUGUUUAAACUCAGAGACACAUGCAUCUGUUAAGAAAAGAGGGCUUGCAAUGGGCUAUGUGUCCUAAACCUGUCUGUGUUGUUUAUAUACCAAAGUAUUUUAUAAAUAAUGUACAGCUUGUAGAUAUAUAUAUAGUGUAUGUGUAUGUAUUGAAUAACGCCAGUAUCUUGCUGCCAGUUGGAUAAUGGGGCAGCAGUGUGGAGUAGUGGUUAGGGCUGUGGACUCUUGACCGGAGGGUCGUGGGUUCAAUCACAGGUGGUGGACACUGCUGCUGUACCCUUGAGCAAGGUACUUUACCUAAUUGUAUGUAAAAAAUAAAGUAAUUGUAUGUAAAAAUAAUGUGAUACCUUGUAACAAUUGUAAGUCGCCCUGGAUAAGGGCGUCUGCUAAUAAAUAAAUAAUAAUAAUAAUAAUAAUAAUGUGUUUAGGUGAGAUGUACUGUAUAUGAAGACAAGUCAAGAUCUUUCCCCAGACCCCUUGCAUGCACUGGAUUAUCUUGUACAUGUAAACUAUAUUGUAGUGCUGAUGUGUUAAUAGAGCACAUUGGGGGCUUGGUUAUGUUUUUAAGAAUAGGUUUUGGGGUCACUGUCUUAACAGCAGUGUAAAUAAAAACGAGGAGAAUAGUGAUUAGCAGAGAAUCUCAAUAUAUUGUGUUCAUGAAAACACUCACUGUGGAUUUCAGUGGCACACUUUAACAACCAAGCACCACAAGAUGGCUGGUCUAAAUCUACAUGAUUUAUGAACCGGAGUAGCUUCUAUCAAUUUCACAUGCAUUGUUAAAUUACAUUUUGUGAAUUUGCCAAAUAAAUUAUUUUAAA